UGAAGAGAAGUCAGAAUUUAUUUUUGUCCGGAGCCAAAACAUUCAGCUGAAGGCAGAAAGAAAGACACCAUGUUCAGGUUUUCUGUACUAGUCUGUGUCUCCCUGAUUCUUGGCAUCACAGCGAAGCCAUAUAAACCGGGGAAUAAACUUACAGAUGCUGCAUUCCAGGAUACAGUUAUGUCCAUGGAUGACAAAGGAAAGAUGUCCUGGGGAGUGGAAGUGGAACCUCCUGAGGACCUGGACCAGACUGACUACGACAUUGACCCCAGCAUGAAGAUUUGGAAGAGCAUGGCGGGCAGGGAAGAGCCCCUGAAGGCCGAAGAAGACCUAAAUGAGCUGCACCAUCUUUCAAUGAAAGAUCUCCUCAAAGACCAGAUCCCUAACCAGGACGUCCUCCCUGUUGCUGACAUGUCGUAUAACGAACCAGAGGAGGAUAGAGACGACAUCGACCACCCUGUUUUCGGAGAAGCGGCCUCACAGGAAGCUGAGCAGGUCGAGAGCGAAGCUGGCGAAUGGACCCGUGUCUCUCAGUCAGAACCAGAGGAGGACCAGGACGAGCUGUAUCAUCGUGAUGACCAGGCCUUGCUGGUGCAAACUGAGCCACUAAGAAUUGAGGUCAUGGGCGCAAGACAGGUCAGACUUCACCUCCAGCCAGAGGAGGACAUGGACGACCUGAAUCACAAAGACCACCAGCAGCCGGCUCUUUACCAAGAUGCUGCUGAAUCUGAUGCUCCUGUUGAUUUGCCGUAUCAGAGGAGGCACAGUGAACCAGAGGAAGAUUUGGAUGAUCUGUACCACAUGUGAUUGUUCAACAACCAGAGUCUGUGUUGAUCCUUAUCAUGAUCAUGAGAUGAUCUUAAUCACAAGUAUUAAAAUAUCAAAGAUCAUAUAUUUAUGUCAGUGUCUGUUAUUUGUA